AUGCACGGGUGCUUGGCGUGUCCAACGGAGAGGAAAUCCCGACAUUUCUCUGUGCCUCAUUUAGAUAUUUGGCCCAUUCGUAAACAAAGGCAGUCUAAAAAACACAAGCAAUCGCUUCGACAAGCCCCUCCUGAGGCUCGUGUCGGCGAUGUAGCAGUGGGUCUGGCGUUAUCUGCCCCCUCUGGCAGUAGUCAGCAGGACAACAACUUCAGACAGACUCCAUAUUUUGCUCGAUUCUGCCAUCAAAAACACAUUAAAACAUAUCAUGAAGUGACGCUAGCCUUCGUUGUGAAGACAAAAGCAGCCAAGCGUUUGACAUAA